UCAGAUCCAACCAUCGACUAAGUCACAGCUAUGGCUAUAAACAACGAUUUCCCGCUGGAUAUUUUGGCCGACUCGCUUAGCUUAUCGUAGCAAAACAAGCUGUCGUUUUGCCUGAAACGCUUACUGUAACAUCCACAGUGUUGUAAGGCUAGAAUUAACCCUCAACUCAAAGCCAAAUAACCCAGAAAACAAAAGAACAAAGGAGCAGUGCAAGUAUUUCUCUUUCCAACAUGGAGGUAAUGAGUCCACUCAAACCCCAUCCUAACUCUCCCUCCCCCACCAAGAAGUUGCUGCCUUUCGCUCUUUAUGCUCUCCUCCCCAUAGCUCUUCUUCGCUUCUACUUUCACCCUUUUCAUCACCUCCCUCCCAACAAUCCCACCAUCCUCACCAAAGAAGAAGAAAUAGUUUAUGAAACUCCAUGUGACUACACCGACGGCAGAUGGGUACACGACAAGAUGGGGCCUCUGUACAAUGGCACAACCUGUGGUACAAUCAAGGACGGUCAAAAUUGUAUCUCUCAUGGGAGACCUGACUUGGAUUACCUUUAUUGGAGAUGGCGACCAAGCCAAUGCAAGCUCCCCAGGUUUAAUCCCAAUACUUUCUUGCAUCUCUUAAGUAACAAGCACAUAGCUUUUAUCGGAGAUUCCAUGGCUAGGAACCAACUGGAAUCACUUCUUUGUAUGCUAGCCACUGCCUCCAAUCCUAACCUGGUUUAUAGAGGUGGGGAGGAUAACAAGUUUCGUACAUGGCAUUUUGCUUCUCAUAACAUUACUAUAUCAGUUUACUGGUCACCAUUUCUAGUUAAAGGUGUUGAGAAAUCAAAAGCUGGUCCAAAUCAUAAUGAAUUAUAUGUGGACACUGUUGAUGAGAAGUGGGGUUCUGAUUUGGACCAUAUAGAUAUGAUUCUACUCUCGAUAGGGCAUUGGUUUCUUCAUCCAGCAGUUUAUUAUGAGGGUGAUUUAGUAUUAGGUUGUCAUUACUGCCCUGGACUAAAUCACACUGAAAUUGGAUUUUACGAUGUGAUGAGGAAGGCCUUAAAGACUGCGCUUAAGACAAUAAUUGAGAGAAAAGGGGCUAAUGGUAAUAGAAUUGAUGUGUUCCUCGCCACGUUUUCACCUUCACAUUUUGAAGGUGAAUGGAAUAAGGCUGGUGCUUGUCCAAAGACUAAACCUUUUAAGGAAGGAGAGAAGAUGCUUGAAGGGAUGGAUGCAGAUAUGAGAGCAAUUGAGGUUGAAGAAAUAGAAGCUGUCAAGGUAAAUGCUGAACAAAGUGAAGGAUUGAGGAUUGAGAUGUUGGAUGUGACCAAAUUAUCGUUGAUGAGACCGGAUGGUCAUCCGGGGCCUUACAUGUAUCCGUUUCCGUUUGCGAAUGGGGUUCGAGAGCGCGUGCAGAACGAUUGCGUGCAUUGGUGUCUGCCUGGUCCUGUAGAUACUUGGAAUCAGAUAUUGUUGGAAGUUAUCAGGAAAUGGAGUAUUCAAUCCAGGAGAAAAGAGUGAGGCAAUACAAAUAGCAAGUGCUAACUUUUGAUUUACUUGGUUGGUGCAUGUGUUUUUCCCUUCAGAGUAAAUAGAUAAUUGAAGAAAAAUGUUGUUUGGGAAGAAAUGUGUCGAGUGUAGUUGGUGAAAAUGAGAUUAUUGCUUUUUUAGUGAUAUUUUUUUAAAAAUUAUAUUAA